AAGUUUAAAGUGGCGGAAUUAAUAUGGAAAUAGAACCGCACACGAAGACAAAUGUGAUGAUAAAGUAAAUAUAUUUUUGUCAUGCAUUUAAAAUUUAAUCGGUGGAAUCUUGAAAAUCCACGUAACGAUGUAGGAAGUUGUGUAAUCUGCAUCUUUCAUAUUUGGCAAACGAAGGCUUACUCUUUCGUUGACGAACAGGUCGAAGAUUGAACUUUGGAGCUAAAGAUUGUCUAUGUGAUAUUGUUUUGGAGCCAAAGAUCGCGUAUACCCUAGUGGUUAAAGUGUUUUGGAUUAGAUUUUAAUGACGUUACGUGUGGAGUACCGAGUUGUAAUGUUUAUGAUGUCGCUCUCAAGGUUAGGUUUGAGAUUGUCAGCGAAAUACUAUCAUCGUGCGAAAGCGCACGAUCUUAAAUGUGUAUCAGCUGUUAAAUGUCCGAAAUUGCUUUCAUUGGUGGUACGUCAUAUGAGCGAGGUGUCACGUAAAUGUUGGAAAUGUGGUAGUGAACAAGCACAGAUAUUUUGCCACUCUUGUAACACCAUCCAACAACCGGACGAUAAAUCUAAUUAUUUUGAAGUGAUAGGAGUCACACCUAGUUACGAUUUAGACACCGUCGAAUUGACAACAAAGUACCGACAGUUACAAAACGUCCUACAUCCAGAUAGAUUUGCCAACAGGACAAAGGAGGAGCGUAUGUUGUCAGAAGACUAUUCUUCACUGGUGAAUAAAGCAUACUCAACUCUGCAACAACCUUUGUCUCGCGGUUUGUACAUGCUCCAACUACAGGGGUCAGAAAUCAGUGAAUCAACACAGCAUUCAGAUCCAGAAUUUCUUAUGGAAAUAAUGGAGUUAAACGAAAGUGUUGAAAUGGCAUCAUCCGCAGCUGAGUUGAACGUCAUAGAGGAGCAAAAUAAGGAAACAUUGCAACAACUUUCAAGAGAUUUAUCAAGUUCAUUUGCUGAAGGAGACAUGGAGAAAGCAAAGCGCAUCCUUGUGAGAAUGAAAUAUUAUUCGACAGCAGAAUCUAAAAUAAAGGAAAAAAGGCAAGAAUUCGGUUAUGAAUGACUGAUAUGAGUUAUUUGAAAUCUUGGUAUUAAAACAGCCAGUAAUAAAUAUCAGCUCUUCCUGUUGUGAAGUACUCACUGCUACAGCAGCAACUAGUACACUUAGAAGACUGUAGAUCUCCACAAUGAAAGAAAGGAUAACCUGAUAUUCAUGCAUUAUAAUUGCCAUGCAAAUAAGAAUCGGGAAAUGGCUGAAGGCAUAUUUUGUAUUUCUCAGUUGUGAAUCUGUUAUUUAAUAGAUGCCGCCAGCAGAUUUGUCCAGAAAAGCGGUGCAUAUUAUCUUUCCCAUUUCUUGAUUUUUGUAAAGUUUUGUAUCUGAGAAAAUAAAAAUAUU